AUGCUCACGCUUGUGCUUCUGGUCGCUUCGGCGUGCACGGCGGUCCGGGCGCGGCCGUCGCUCCACUACCCGGAGGAGCCCUACGCUAACGAGUCCGCCCAGUCCGGGCCGGAGGAGGUCCGCUCGGCCGCCAUCAAGCGACUCCUGGCGGUCUUCGGGAUGGACGACCCGCCCGCGGCCGUCACGCACCGACGGAAGCAGCCCCCGCAGUACAUGCUGGACCUGUACAACACCGUGGCCGACGUGGACGGCGUGACCAAGGACCCCUAUCUGCUGGAAGGCAACACCGUGAGGAGCUUCUUUGACAAGCUUCGCAGCGAGCAGGUGGAGUUCCGGUUCAACUUGUCCACCGUCGCCAGAACGGAGAAGAUCCUGACGGCCGAGCUCCACCUUUUCAAGCUCCGAUCCCAGUCGGCGCUGACGUUCAAUCGCCAUCACUUCUGCCAGGUUAGCAUCUACCAGCUGCUCGACAGCGCUAAAAGCAACAAGACGCAAGAGAAGAGGCUGCUGUCUUCUCGUCUCAUCCCGGUCCACUCCAACGGUUGGGAGGUGUUCACCAUCACUCAAGCCGUCCGCUCGUGGACGGCGGACGAGGAUAGCAACCUGGGCCUCCACGUGUUGGUGCGGACCAUAGGGGGGAGUCAGAUGGACCUGAAACUAAUUCGCUUUGCCUCGGGACGCAACCACCACCAGAGCAAGCAGCCCAUGCUGGUGCUGUUCACGGACGACGGACGGCGGCGGUCCGCUUCUCUGGAGAGCGCAGAUCCGGACGAUCCCCAAGUUACCUCCGUUUUGCCCCAAUCGGCCAUGGCUGCCCCGGCGCCCCCCCGCAACGCCCGCUCACUCGACCAAGAGACGGCGUGGGCGGAGGAGACGGGCGCCUCCGCGCCGUGCCGGCGCCUGCCGCUCUACGUGGACUUCGAGGAGAUCGGCUGGUCGGGCUGGAUCGUGUCGCCGCGGGGCUACAACGCCUACCACUGCAAGGGCUCGUGCCCCUUCCCGUUGGGCCAGAACAUGAGGCCCACCAACCACGCCACCGUGCAGUCCAUCAUUCACGCCCUGAAACUGAUCAAAAGCAUCGAGACGCCGUGCUGCGUGCCGGACAAGCUCUUUUCCAUCAACCUCCUCUACUUUGACGACGACGAGAACGUGGUGCUCAAGCAGUACAACGACAUGGUGGCGGGGAGCUGUGGCUGUCACUGACGACCCCCCCCCCCAAAAAAAAAAAAAAGAAAAUUGCCAUUGUAUUAUAUGUAAAUAGUUCAAAAUUAUAAUAUAUGACGCUAGCUAUAUCCUGUAAAAGAUGUAAAUGUGCAUAUAUUUUUGUUUACAUUUAUCAAAAUAGUAAUUGUACAAUAAGAAAAAAAUGUGUAUGUACAAAAAUCCUUCAAAAUGGCACGAUACACGUUUAGGGGGUGUCUGGUUUAUGUCGGAAUGCACAUUUUUUGAUCACUAACCUAAGAUCAUACAGUUGUAAAGUCCUAAUUACUGUAAAUAUUUGUAUGAGAAACACUUGUAGGUAGUGUAUUUUAAAAAGUUACUGAACUUUUUUUUUUUUUCCACAAGACUCAGUUAAAUACACAGUUAAUGUAAUGCAGUUUUCGCAUAUUUAUGCAGUAAAUUAACCAUUAUAUAAUCCAACCAUUUUCUACAGCUCGGGUGUCAAACUAAAGGCCCGGGACCCCGAUCUGGUUCGCCAAAUCAUUUUAUGUAGCCCACAAAAGCAAAUCGUGCGAGUCAGCCUCCAUUUUUCUUGCUAAAAUUUGUACCAAAAUAUAAUAAAUAGCAUUGUGUGAUUAACCGAACCCCUUUUAACAGCAACUUUGAACAAUAGUUGAAAAAUUAUCUUCGGAUUUCAAAAGCAAUAAUCCAUCAAAUGGCUAUGUAUAUGUAACAAUGUGAUGAGGCGAUGAAAUAUGUUUAUGGUUUGAUUGUCAUAAGAGUUCUCUGCGGUAAACUGUAACUACAAUGCGGCGCACCACAAAAAUGGGUUGUACAGCAUCGAUAGGGUCCAGGUGAGCGGAUGUCUAUCCCAUCGGACUUUGGCCAAGAGGCAGCGUACAACCUGGACUGGCCGUCGGCCAUUUUACCGGCACGUAGAGACAAGCCCUCGCAAAAUCAUUCACACUUAUGGACAAUUUAAAAUCAUAAGCGAAGCUAAGAUGCAUGUUUUUGGGACGUGGGGAGAAGCUGGACUACCCAAGGAAAACCCACCCGAGGUGCGUGGGGUGCACGUACUGUACAGUAAAGCCAAAGUAAAUGGACUGGACCUGAGAUUAGAACUGUG